CGGGCGAGGGCGGCAAUGGCGGGGCCGGGCCGGCGGCUCCCGGCGCUCGCAGGGCUCCCCUCAGGGGCCGCCUCCAAGUGGGAGAUCCGGGAGAAGGUGUGGGAGCACCUGGAGGCCUCCGGGCUGGCCGAGUUCCCGCGGCCCGUGCACGGCCGCAUCCCCAACUUCAAGGGCUCUCUCCAGGCCUGCUGCUCCCUUAGGGAGCUGGAUGUGUUCAGCAGAGCACGGGAGCUGAAGGUGGAUCCUGACAAACCUCUGGAAGGUGCCCGGCUGGCGGCUCUGCAGGCAAGGAAGACUUUGCUGGUUCCCACACCACGUCUGAGGACUGGGCUGUUCAAUAGGAUUGUUCCUCCUCCAGGUGCAACCAAGGAGGUCCUGAGAAAAUGUGCCACGUCUCAGGGUGUAAAGGAAUACAGCGUGCCUGUGGGGCUGGAUGGGAAAGCACAAGUGGACCUGGUUGUUGUAGGAUCAGUGGCUGUCUCUGAAAAAGGCUGGAGAAUUGGCAAAGGGGAAGGUUAUGCAGACAUGGAAUAUGCAAUGAUGGUGUCCAUGGGUGCAGUGCAGGAGGACACACCCGUAGUUACCAUCGUGCACGACUGCCAGGUGCUUGACAUAGCAGAGGAGCUCCUGGAUGAUCAUGAUUUAACUGUGGAUUACAUCCUCACUCCAACAAGGACUAUCCAGACUAACUGCAAACGACCAAAACCUCAGGGAAUAAUGUGGCACAAGGUCAGCUCUGAGAUGCUGGGAAAAAUCCCCAUCCUAAAGACUCUUCGAUCCAGGGAGAAGCAGGCUGGCAAGGAUGUCACCCUCCAAGAUGAACACCCAGCCUUGGCAAACACCAACAGAGCAGCACUUUCAAACAAGAAGGUGAUGCCUGCAAAUACCCAACCACGAGCUGCUCCAGGCUCAGCUCCAGUGGGACAAUCCCAUGUGGAAAGUGAUCCUGUAAAUCCCAGAUUAGAGGGAUCCGACGCAAUCACCACUGUGUAUGUGGGGAACUUGCCUGGCAGCCUGAGAGUGAGCGAGCUGAAAAGUGCUCUGAGGGAAUUCCAGGUGAUUCCUGUGCGACUGAACUGGCAGGGAGCACAGCACAGGGCGUUCCUGGAGUACAGGGAUAAAGGAACUGCAGACAGAGCCGUGUCCUCCUUGCAAGGCCUGAGCCUUGGGGGCAACACUCUGAGAGUGGAGCUGGCCAAGAGCCAGAGGAACAAAGGGCGAGGAGAAAUCAAUAGUCACAAAUGAGUAGGGAGGAGAAAAACAACAGAAAAAUAAAGGUGUUUUCAUUAUUUUGUGAGAAGCCAACCUGAGGUUUCAAGGUUUUUUGUAACCCUGAGGUUUCUGCAGGUAAAAAAAAACAAAUUUCUGCACAACUUUCCUCACUCCUGCACUUGGGCAUGCAAAGGUUUUGUCCCCACAGGUGACAGAGGAGCCAUUUCUCUAUAAACAGUUGCCCACAAAGUACCCACACUCUGGUUUUGGUGCUGUUUGGUGUUUUUGUUAAGCCUGGCUUAAAGCCCUGCCCCUUGGCACCUGCAGUAAGGUGGUUACAGUCAGUCAUUGAAGGUUAGACCUGCCCAUUUAUACCUGUGAGGUUAAAAGCCAGCAGCAGGAAAUCUGUCCUAAAGGUUACAAUUCUGUUUACUGAAAAAUGGGCUUUGCUUGUUGGGAUUUGUAAUUUUAUUUUUUAUAAAAAUGGCCAGGCAGAGAGAGAUUGUCCUUUUUGUGCCUUGAGGAGUGGCUGUGGGAACGCUGGCUUAGUUCUCGUCUUAGUAAAAGCUGUGAUCAUCAGGUGGGAGAGAUAUCUCAGUUUUUUGCUAAAUCAGCCCUUGGAAAACCUUACAUUUCUUAUUUCAGUGUGGCAGAGGAAAGCAAAGCCCAGUUUCCUCUGCUUUUCCCCAAAACUGCCUUUCUGAUGGAUCAGAUAAUUAUAAAAUAGCUGCUUUUCCUGGUUGUCUCCUACAAUGUGAUUCCUUUGCCUCUGUGAAAUUAUAUUAAUUAUUGGAGUGGAAAUGAAAAGCAGGCACACCAUGGUCAAAACUCGUUGGUGCUUAGUCUGGCAUGGAAUUCUUUGGGAAUUUGCUGGACAUUGUAGCAGAUCCUGUUCCUCUGUGCCUUUGUCACCAUCCCUGUGGCUCUUCCACGACAUCAGUGAUGAGGGUGAGCCAGCACCACACAACUGCUCCAGGUGAAAGUGCUCCCAGGCACUGCCCUGGACAUGAACAUUCCCUUCCAGUGUAAUGGCCAGUAAUGAUUUAUCUGCUGUGCCUCUUACUACCUUUUCUCUUUUCCCUUUUGGUUUCCUAUUCCUGAAAAACAAGUUGAAUUUUGGCCCAGCCAUCCCUUCUAAACAGAAGCUCUUUUGCCAGUGAUGCUGGGCACGUAGUCAAAGUAAGCAGCUAAAGGGAUUUUUUUUCUUUUAAGUAAGAGUUGGAAACUUUUUUUUAGCCAGGGAGUGCUGUUAAGUAUAUUUUAAGCAGGUUA